UAGAUAGAUAGGGUGUCGAGUGGCAAAUUCUUCAAAAAGCUACCAACACAAACCAAUUCUCACUAUUUCUCAAUCAAAAAAUGGCUACACUAUUUUCAUCUUCAUCUCUUCACUCAAUUCGUCUAUCUUCUACAUUCCAUGUUUCUUCCUCUUCUUCUCAAUCCCUUCCAUUUUGCACUUUUCCAUGCCACCCUCGCUUGAAGGCACUGUCAAUAAAAAAGAACCGUAGUUUACUUGUGGCUAAGGCAGUGGAAGAUGAAACCCAACAACAACAAGGAGAAGUUGUUGCUGAGAUUGAACAACAGCAACAACCAUCAUCAACCUCGGAGCAACAACCUGUUGUUGUUCCCAUUUCACCAUCAGACACUCUCACCAUGCUCUUUCAGGCAGAUGGAACAUUGAAUGAAACAGCUGUUCCAUCUUUGACCAAAGCUUUAGAGGUGAUCGAGGGAGUUAAAAAUUUGAAGGUUAAUGUAUACGAGGGACUCGCAACUGUAGAGUUGGAAAAGCAGACAACAAUCCAAGCAACAGGAGUGGCUUCUAGUCUUGUAGAAACCAUACAAGGUUUAGGCUUCAAAUUACAGACAUUAAACCUGAGUUUCGAUGAUGAAGAAGUUGUUGCAGUUGCCUAGACAAAAUCUAAUUGUGUAACAAACAAAAUUUCUUGAUUAAAGCCUACUGCACAAAAUCUUUUAUUUUUUGCAUUUGAAGGGUAUUGACUAAUUUUAUGUAUUAUUACUGUUAUUAUCA